UCUUCCUGUUUAUUUUUUCUAACUAGCUCCCCAUACAUGUAAUGCACCAGCAGCUCGUCAUUGAAUGAAAUAUCUUUUGUAUUGGACCGUCUUCGUUGUGUAUGGCAACAUCGGAACAAGCAGAAAAUUGCUAUUUUUCAUCUAAAAUGAAAUUUCUACUAAAAUCUGCUGAUGGCAGGUAGUCUGCCAGGAUGCUGCAUCUGUUUACACAUACAUCAAGUAUUAUUCAGUUGCCUGUUGGACUUCAAGUUCUUCCCUGUACCGAGUGAGCCAGCAAACGCAUGUCGCGAAUCAGGACCACACUCGACAGUGUCACCAAGGCAGUAGGCAGCACAGACCUCAUCUCCAAGUUCUCCCGCUUCAAGCCUGGAGGUGCCACAGUUGACAGCGCCCAUGCAGAGAAAGUUCUCGUCAAAGCUGAGAUCUUAACCUCUAACAGCACAGCUGCAGCCUCGCCGCCUGAAGCCAUCAUGAACGAAGAAGAAGAGGGCGAGAGGAACACAGCGGAGGAUGAGUCAGAUAAGCAGCGGCAGCAAGUUACAGAACAUCCAUACGUUGCCACAAAGAAAUCCACACCCAGUUUAGCUUCGGCAGCGAGUGUAUCUACGUCAAGCUCUUCCUCAACUGUCGCAAAACAAAGUAUGCAGCUGUUUCAACCAGUAACUCUGUCCACCAACAUGGAUGAGACCUACAAAACUCUGGCUGAGCACAUCAAUUGUUAUUUUGGUACCAGCAUGCAAGAUGGAGAGGGAGACAACAAGCAGCAGCAGCACGGAAAAGGGGAUGAUCCUGUUUCUGAGCCCACUCUCAGCGCCGUCACUCGGACAACUACGGACCACAUUCCAGUUUUGUCUCCAGUGGCAGAGGCAAAGAGCACUGACACAACCACUACCUCUACUCCCCCUCCCUGCCCAUCUCCAUCAGAAAAGCUCAGUCCUCCAGCAGCGACGCCCUCAUCUGACACCCCUGCAGCUCAGUCCACCCCUGUGCCUGCUAGCUCCCCUAAAAAAGGCUUCACCCACUAUCUUUCCUACCCUCGGCCCAGCGUCCAGGCAUUUGUGGGCAGCUACAUCGCACCCCUGGUCCCCAAAUUCAGAGGUGAUUCCAAAAGCGUCGCCGCUGAAAAAGACAAGUCUGCAGCAGUUGCCGAGGGAGAGCUCACCGCGGACAAGGCGGGAGAGAAAACUGAUAGCGAGGAGGAGAAAGCAGAUAAAGUGAAGCAACAGCAAAGAGAGAAGAUAAUAGCCAGGGUGAGUGUAGACAACAGGACCAGAGCCCUGGUGAAAGGCCUGCACAAAGUGAGUGACGUCAAGCUCCUCACUAGUCGAGUAGAGGAGCUCAGCUUUCACCUUCUAGAGUUCCCAGAGACGCGAGGUGUAGCUGUCAAGGAGCACGUGCUGCCCUGCCUGCUGCGAUUGCGCCAGGCCAGAGACCUCCCUCUACAGGCUGCUGUGAGAGAGGCACUGGCCCUGGUUGGCUACGCCGAACCAGUCAAAGGCAGAGGGAUCCGGGUCCUGGCCAUAGACGGAGGUGGAACAAGAGGACUGCUGGCCCUGCAGACUCUCCAUAAGCUGCAGAACCUGACCGGCAAACGAAUCCACCAGCUGUUCGACUACAUCUGUGGAGUCAGCACAGGUGCCAUUUUGGCCUUCAUGCUGGGGAUUUUCCAGAUCCCCUUAGAGGAGUGCGAGGAGAUGUACAGGAAGCUGGGCUCAGAUGUCUUCAAACAGAAUGUCAUCGUUGGAACGGUCAAAAUGGGCUGGAGCCACGGUUUCUACGACAGCGAAAUAUGGGAAAACAUCCUCAAGGAACGGAUGGGUGAGGGGCGAAUGAUUGAGAGUGCCAGGGACCCAAAUUGCCCUAAGGUGUCAGCAGUGAGCACCAUUGUGAACAGGGGCUUACCUUUGAAGGCCUAUGCGUUCAGGAACUACAGACUCAUGCCAGGAGUGAGAUCCCACUACCUUGGAGACUGCAAUCACAAAAUGUGGCAGGCUAUCAGGGCCUCAUCUGCCGCCCCGGGAUACUUCCAGGAAUACGUCCUGGGUAAAGACCUCCAUCAGGAUGGAGGACUCCUGAUCAAUAACCCCACAGCCUUGGCCAUCCAUGAGUGUAAAUGUCUGUGGCCUAACACGCCACUGCAGUGUGUGUUGUCUCUGGGCACCGGACGAUUCGAGACGGUGGGCAAGAACAGCACAGCCUUCACGAGCCUCAAGACCAAGCUCACCCACGUCAUCAGCAGCGCCACAGAUACCGAGGAGGUGCACACCAUGCUGGACGCUCUGCUGCCCCCCGACACCUACUUCCGCUUUAACCCCUACAUGAGCGAGGACAUCCCGCUGAAUGAGAGCCGCGUGGAGAGGCUGAACUUCCUGCAGGCAGAGGGGGAGCGCUACUUGGAGCGCAACGAGGCCAAGCUGAGGAAGGCGGCCAGCGUGCUCGCCCAGGAGAAAAGCACCAUCCAGAGACUGGCCGAGUGGGCCAAGCUCAAGGCCGACAUGUACGAGGGUCUCCCCUUUGCCUCCAAGCUGUAGUUAUUGGCUCACCGAACAGUGUGACCACAAGUGAGUUUUUAAGGUAAGAAAACCCCCAAGACCUGAUAGAUUAGUGGGGCGAGCUGGACACAUUUUCUAAGAACCUCGGUGGAACAAAACACCAAAUUAUUUGCCCAAGUUUUUAUCAUCAUCUACUCAACAUUAAAAGGACUGUUUGAGAAAUUUAGAGCUAUAAUUAUUCGUUAUAGAAGACAAUACUGAACUGUAAAUAAGAGCGUGAAAUUAGAAAUGUAAUGUAAUUUAUUGUGUCUAUGAUAGAGACGGAGUUGGGUUCAUGUCUGGUUUUGCCAGUCCAGUCCAGUGUACAAGCUUAAACCGGUUUUAUUUUUAAAUUACUACAGACAGUACGAGACAGCGGGCAAAAACACUGAUCUGGUAUUUGUCAUUAUGACACAUACUGGCAAAUUAAAAAAAUAGCCUACAUCAGCAACCUGUGCUGACGGCAUCACGACGCUAAAUCCAGCUUGUGUUGCUUCGGUAAUACGCAGUAUGACGUUAUUAACAUAAUAAUAUGUUUGUUUAUAAACAGAGUAAGGGAGCCGCUAGUGUCUGACAGGCCCUGCACAUGGAGGAGAUCAAAUUUUAGCAGAGAUGGGAGGUGGAGGAGGGCGAGUGGCUCAUGUUGUCUUUGUUUACCAGAAAGUUCGUGUCUUUUUUGGGGUGACAAGAGGAGACAUGGCAGAUUUGAGGCUUUUGCACACAGUCUGUUUUUUUUUUUUUUCCGUCUAAAAUUGUUGCACAUCUAAAAAUAAAUACGUUGUGUAAAUGAAGUUUGCGCACUGAGUCCGACACCCUCAUCUGUCAUUAAAUUUUCGGAACAGGAUCGAUUUUCUGUGUUUCUCGCAUCCGUCAGAGCCUUUAGAGACGUUUGACCAAGAAUCAGUGAAGGAAAUGUGGCGGUGAGACACAGCCGCAACAGGACAAAGGAAUAGGGCGCACAGAAUCAUUUCAUACCUCAGAUAGCUACUUUAAACAGGUCAGAUAGUAAUAUUCAGGAGGAUGUUGAAGAAGGGGAGGAGCUAGUAAAAAUCACAAACAAAAAACGUGUUUGUGUGUAAAAAGUACAUAUACGUAGAAAUAUAGCAAUUACUCACCUGUCUUUUAAGUGGUUAGAUCUCAGUGUUUGUUUACAUGACGUAACAGAACUGCAUAUUUAAUAGAUUCAGCGUGGACAGAGAGCUCUGAUGUCACACAAUAGUCGGACGCUUGUUUGCUGUUGGGACAUGGUGUCGUCAUGUUCCGCUCUGGAGCGGCUACCGCGUCAACUGCGACACCUUGUGGAAAAAUUCGGUAUACCGGUCUGGUGUUUGGCUUAAUUUCAAAACGGUUUGAAAAUGUUUACACUGGCCCAACUCUCCAUGGCGACAGAAUAAUAUACAAGGAAAUGUUCAUAGUUCAUAAAUGUAUGAAUUUUACGACGUCUUUAAGUGACAUUCUGGUUUUGGUUUUGAAAUGCACAAAGGCAGUAAUAUGGCACUGACCCAUUACCAUAUUAUGAAUAAUUAAUAUUAAUAUAACUGUAUUUUAUUUUGUUAAAAAGACUGAUGUCCAUUUGCAUUUUCAGUGACUUGAAGACAUUAAGAUGUAAUUAAUACAUGGUUGCACAGUGAAACUAACAACUUGACUGCCUAUUUCUAACACUGUACAGACAAAAGACCUCAUGCACUUUGUAAAAUAUGAUUCUUAGCCAAGAAAAUGUAAAUAAUAUUUGAAGUAAUUAUGAAUUGUUUGAGUGCUCUUGCUAGGAUUUAGGAAUAUGACAUAAGAUGUGCUGCUGAUUAUGAAUUUCACGGUGCUGUAAUGACACAUACGGACACUGAAAACUGUUUCGAUACUGAUGAUGAUGUGCGAUUACCGUUUUCCUCAUGGCACAAAGCAUGUUCUCCAUUGUGGCCCAUUAUUCAGUAUGAAGCUCAUGCCUUUAACCUUGCUCAAGCUUGAAUUCCUCAGCCCUGCUGUCGUUGUGGCACACUUUAUAAAUUCGACACCCUUUUUACAUUGUGAGAAUCCUAAUUGCCGUGAUACCUGCAUUCCUUAUAUCUGGUUGAAUGAAAGAAACAAAUGUCAUGAAAUAAUAAAACUUGGAUUUUCAAA